CAUUGAACAGAGAGAGCUUAAUGCUCAAUGGGCCUCCCGCAUUCGCACAACGCCCAGAGAAUGCAGCCUGCAGUUCGAUCUGCACGACAGCACGUCCGGGGUAGCACCAGCAAUGCCUUCACGACUAGUCACGCGCCAUGCACACACUAUCAAACUUUGCUGUAGUCUUACUAAACCAUUGGUCCGGAAAUCGUCGAGCUAUGACGGCGGAAGGUUAUCGAUUUUGGGAGCUACGGGUCCCUCUGGACUCGAACUCGUGCGAGAAGCUCUAUUACAGGGAUACGAGGUCCAAGCGCUCGCCAGGUCCCCAGACAAGAUAACCAUCACUGACAACAAGCUCACGGUUGAGAGAGUAAACAUCUUCAAAACUGCUGACUUGGCAAAACGCCUGCGUGGUUCCACGGCCGUCUUCUCAUGUUUGGGAGCCCGGGCAAGUCUAUUCUCCCACCAGCCGUGCACGUUGUACUCACAGUCCAUGAAGACUAUCGCCGCUGCCAUGACGGCUGCAGGGGUACAGCGGUUCGUCUGUGUGGAUUCAUGGUGCACAAACUACACACCAGGCAGCCCUAAGGUGAUAGAAUGGUUUUCCAGGCCGCUCUUCCUCAGGGGAGCGUCCUGUCCGAUUUAUGGCUGCCAUGGAAGACUACGCGCGACAGCACUGCAACAACAUCAACUACACCUUUGUUAGAGCUCCGGGUCUUUCUAGUGGACCGUCCACAGGUAAACGGGUCAAGGCCACGGAGGGACAGUAUGUCAAGGGCGUUUCGCUAAGUAUGCCGAGGAGGGACGUCGUCAAGUUCAUGUUGUCCACGUUGAAUACUCAGGAAUGGGACAGAAAGUGUGUUGCUAUUGGCAUUUAACUGCCAAAAUGUAUCCCUACACAGUGAAACUCCGUCAAUCAGAUUACUUUACCAAGUGAUGACUUUACCGUACCUCUACAAAGGUUAUGAAUUCAUUGCCUUUUUGAAAGGCUAUUUUUGACCUAUACUGUUUGAAUAUCCGGAUAAGCGACCUUUCAAUUUACUGACCCAUUCCAAACGUCCUUUACAGUACCGAGAUACGCAGUCUUUUGUAGACAUUUUAUUUCGACCGAUCUACAUGUGUUGUUUCAACUAGUGCUGAACUGGCUUUAACGGUUUGAAAUCGUGUCAUAAUUGACUGGGGAAUUCAGACUCGUGGGUUGCAGCAAGGUGGUAAAUGGCGAAGACUUGCUUAACUUGCCUUCCACACAAACCCACAGGCUGUGAGAAACUAAAAUGUGUUCUUUGCGGCGUAAAACCGACCUCACUCAGUUCUACUGGUUCCGAUAAUUUUGUAUUGCAUAAUGGAUCAACAUCACCAGAACGAAAAAUUCAAACAUUUUCUUCUAUGUCACAUGGAUUGUUUGCCGGGUAUUUGUUUUAAUGCCAGGCAUGUCGGGAUCGGCAAGUGUUCAUAGUGCAGGUAUACCGAGGUCGUUAAA